UGAUCUAUCGAUCGAGAAUGUGAAAAAGUACACGGCACUACACUAUGCUGCCAAUAAUGGGUACACGGAAUGCGUUGAGAUGCUAAUUGAAUAUGGAGGUGAUGUAAAUGCAGUCGACGAUUACGGCUACACCCCGCUAAUGAAAUCCAGCAAGUGGGGGUUUAUAGCGACCUGUGAAACGCUCCUUAAACACGGCGCCAACAUUAGUAAGAACUGUAGAUACAUAACGGCGUUAAGCUCCUCCUGUUUCAACGACACUGUGGAAUUGACCAGGCUGCUGAUCGCUUACAAGGCUAACAUUCAUUAUCCUGGGCCCUAUUCCAGCGCUUUGAUCUCGUGUGCCAAACUGGGCAGCUACGAGUGUGCCAAAGAACUGAUAAAGGCCGGAGUAAAGGUGCAUGCCAAGAUGAGGAAUGGCAAAGCGGCAGUUGACUUCGCUAGAGACAAUGGGCAUAUGGAGCUUGUCUCACUGUUGUCGAGAUAGGAUCCCAUAAAGACAUCGAAUGGAACGUUCCUAACCCAGUUAAAAAAAGCAUGAUAGCCUUAUUCUGUACUUUUACAAAAUAAUUCAUUUCAUAUGGACAGGAUAUUUAAUAAAAUAAUUUAUAUUCUAA